AUGUCAAGUAAAACUCAAUUAAGACAACAGUUUUGUGAAUUAACUGGUACUUCUAAUACCACUGCCACAAAAUAUCUAGAGAGUGUCAGAUAUGAUUUAGCAAGAGCUAUAGACAACUAUUAUAACAAGCAUCCUAACAAAGCCCAAGUAACGAAAAAACCGGUCAAAGUUAAAAUAGAUGAUCGUUUAAUUCAAAUUUUUGACAAAUACAAAGACAGUGAAGAUCCAAAUAAAAUAGAUAUUGAAGGGACAUUAACGUAUUUGGGAGAUUUGGGUAUUUCACCUGACCAAAUUGAAUCCUUAUCAUUAGCAUUAUUAUUAAAAUCACCAAAGACAGGAGUUUUCACUCGAGAGAAUUUUUUACAUAUUUGGCAAUAUUACCAAUGUUUUGAUAUAGGAGCAAUGAGUGAAUUUAUAACCCGAUUCAAUAAGGAUUUGGUGAAUAAUAUUGGUGGAUUCAAAGAUAUCUCUACUGUAUCUGAUGAUGAGAACAAACUGGUUCCUUUAAAAUUUCAAGAUUUGUACAAUUUUACAUUCAAGUUUUCAUUGGAGACAGAGAGUCAGAAAUUUUUGGAUUUAGAUACAGCUAUUGAAUAUUGGAAGUUAUUAUUGCCAAUAAUCACCGAGACUUAUAGUAAGGACAAUAAACUUGAUGAAGAAUUUAAAAAUCACGUGAAUGAAAGAGUUGAACAAUGGUUUAAGUUUUUGACAGAUACUGAAUAUAUGACCAAGAAAUCUAUUAGCUAUGACAGUUGGUCAAUGUUUUAUUUGUUUUUCAAGGAAAUUGUUUUAAUUGAUCCUAUAAAAUUCAAAGAUUAUGACGAAAUGGCGGCAUGGCCAAGUGUAGUUGAUGAGUUUCUUGAAUAUCUACAUGAUUUUGAAUUGUUAUGA